AUGCGGCUGGUCAUACUUUGCAUGGCUUUUCGGGCAAUAAUGUGCGAUACCUAUUCCGAAGAACUUAGAAUUAGAAAGUUGGGGUCAGGCAAUCUGCUCACUGAGUUUCGGCUCGAUAUAUCUUCCGAUGGAAUGGAACUGGGUCCGCAAUACCACCUUUUUCCUCGCAUUUUGGCUGAGAUCAUCUCUGGUCACUCCGUGGCCGAGCUAUCCUUACACCUUACACAAGGUCGAUGGUACAGCUCACGUUGGGGUUUACCUCCACAACCUAGCGGAUCUACCGGAGCAGAAGUCCAUGCUUGGAUCCAUGGAAAUGACACUGUCGUCGAUGAGAAGUGGCGAACUCUCAUCAAUGCCUUGAAUGGCGUGUUCUGCACGGCGCUGACCAGCGUGGUUCCUGAGCUCACAACAUCUCCGAAAUUUGCAUUCAGACCUCUGGGACCCGAUGCAGGGCGUGAAAUGCAUUUGCGGUACAGCGCAUUAGGGCGAGAAACUGUAUGCACAGAAAAUCUGACACCAUGGAAGAAAUUACUUCCCUGCAAGCAGAACGGCCUCGUUACGCUUUUUAAUCCCAUCAAAUUGUACGAAAAUGUCUACCAUUCGAUAGGCUUUCAGCUUCACCCAUAUUGUGAGGGUUCUGUGUGUAAAUGGCAUCUCCAGCUUAUGAUGUACAGCGUUAUCGAUAUCUCUCUCAAAAAUAAAGGAUCUCACUGGAAUCUCUUUGACAUUUUUGGCAGAAAGAUUGUUGGAGUCUGCAAUGCCGCAUCGAGCAGCAAAAUAGUGAUCGAAGUGGAUGACAAAAGUCUUCGUCUGGAACCUGCACCCACGGAAGUUGUAAAUAAGGUGGAAGGAACAUACGCUAUUUAUGAUCUUCGAAAUAAACCCACUGAAGAAUCCUUCACUGUAUCUGCCUCCUACGACAAACCAAGUCCCAGCAAUAUUGUGCUGCAUUCACCGGUGAGCGUUUCAACGCUUGUUGGAAGCACCGACCAGAUGUCUGGCGUUCUAGCAUCUGUCAUCAAGAAUGAAGGGAAAGCACAGCGAAUGGUUUACACACAUUUGAUUCCUUGGUUCCUGCACAUUUAUUACCAUACCAUUUCUCUCACUUGCAAGGAUGCAGCGAGCAAGGAGUACAAGGUGCCGCAUAUUCUGAAUCGGCACUUCUUACCUGCUAUUGCAAGGCAAAGACCCGCUCUUGUUGAGAUAGAGUUCGACAUGCCUGCAAAUGCGGAAUGUCGCGUGCAAAUCAAAUUUGAAAAAGCGUUCUUGAGAAUUCGAGAAUAUCCACCCGAUGCAAAUCAUGGAAUGUAUGUUCCUGGUGCCAUCAUUACGCUUCCACACAAGAAGGAUAAAGCAGAUAAUGCAAACACAUCGAAAUAUGUCACCAUCCAUGGCAACGUGGUGUUGAUCGCUCUUCCCGUGCCAGAUUUCAGCAUGCCAUUCAAUGUCAUCUGCUUUGUAAUGACUACUGUAUCGCUGUGUUUUGGACCAAUACAUAGUUUCUCUACCAAAAUCCUUAUUCCCGUCAACUCGGUCUUGCCGGGAUCAUCUUUGCCAAGGAAAGUGUUCCGCUUCUUUUUGCUGAUCCUGCUGGCAUUAGCUUCAUAUGCGCAAUACAAAGAAAUGAGUCUGCACGAGAUACGAAGGAGCAUCGAGCAGUUCUUUGAAAAGAUGAACAGCGUUUGAUUGCUAGUCAUUCCUACUUAAGUGAAAAGCGGGUUUAUUUGCUCUCACUUUUUUCCAUCAUGUUAAUCAUGUG